AUGCGAUUACUAAAAUCACAAUCACUACUAAGUCUAGUAAAUAGUUAUGUUGUAGAUUCACCACAACCAGCUAACCUUAGCUACAUGUGGAACUUUGGAUCUCUACUAGCUCUUUGCCUAGGUAUCCAAAUUGUUACAGGUGUACUACUAGCUAUGCACUACACACCUAACGUUGAUCUAGCUUUCAUUAGCGUAGAACACAUCAUGCGAGACGUAAACUACGGAUGGAUGAUUCGAUACAUUCACGCAAACGUAGCUUCAUUCUUCUUUAUCUUUGUGUACCUACACAUUGCUCGAGGACUAUACUACGGUUCAUACAAAUCACCACGUGUACUACACUGGUCUAUCGGAGUAAUCAUUCUUGUUCUUAUGAUGGCUAUUGCAUUCCUUGGAUAUGUUCUACCUUACGGUCAAAUGUCUCUAUGGGGAGCAACUGUUAUUACUAACAUGCUAUCUGCUGUGCCAUGGAUCGGACAAGACUUCGUACAAUUCAUUUGGGGUGGUUUCUCUGUAAACAACGCCACACUGAACCGAUUCUUCUCACUACACUUCCUACUGCCUUUCCUACUGUCAGCUCUAGCAAUUGUACACAUGAUGACACUACACACUAACGGAAGUAGCAACCCUCUAGGUAUUAGCUCAAACGUAGACAAACUAGCUAUGCACCCAUACUUUAUCUUCAAAGAUCUUGUAACUAUUCUACUAUUCUUCCUAGCACUUGCUGUAAUUAUUUUCUACCUACCUAACCUACUAGGUCACAGUGAUAACUACAUUCCAGCAAACCCAAUGCAAACUCCGCCGUCAAUUGUUCCAGAAUGGUACCUACUACCAUACUACGCAAUUCUUCGGUCAAUCCCUAACAAACUACUAGGGGUUAUCGCAAUGCUUGGAUCACUACUUAUCCUACUUCUGAUGCCACUUGUGGACACAUCUCGAGUACGAGGUAGCCAAUUCCGACCACUAAUGCGAUUUGCAUUCUGGGUCUUCGUUACAGACUUCUUCCUACUAAUGUACAUUGGUAGCCAACAUGCAGAAGAACCAUACAUUACUAUUGGAGCAAUCGCUACAGGACUAUACUUCGGAUGGUUCCUAGUUAUUGUGCCAGUUGUAGGUAUCAUCGAAAACACACUGAUGGACAUUGCUACAGACAAACAAUCAGUAUAG